GAAGGCAAAAGAGGAGACAGAAGAGGAGACAAACAGUUCCACCUCCACCACAUCCACCCAGCAUGCUGGCCAGGUUAACCCAGGGAAGGAGCUCUGCGGCUGGGGCAGGAGUGCUGCUGAGACUGAUGAUGAUGAUGAUGAUGAUGGCGGUGGCGGUGGCGGUGGAGGCAGCGAGUGUCGAUGACGUGGAGAGUGAAGAGAGUCAGGAGAUCCUGGAUGAGGACGAGGCUGUCCACAUCCUGGAGCCGGCGUCCUCGGACCCGUCCAGACUGUCUCCUCUCAGCUCCUGGCUGAUCUUUAGAGGAAACUCCAACAAGGGGGAUAACCGGCGAAACAAGGGGUCGAGGAGAAUGUCCAAGCACGGUCUACCUGGACCUCCAGGACCUCCUGGGCCUCCUGGACCUCCUGGACCUCCAGGACCCCAGGGGCCUCUGGUCCCCACUGCCCCCCUCUUACCCCAACAACAAGAGCUGAAACAGAGAGACAUGGUGGGAGGAGUGAGCGUCCUGUGUGAUCGUCCGCGUGUCUCCGCCUCUUUCCUAAGUCAUCUCCUUCAGCCAAUCACCAUCCAACGCCGCAGUCUGCUGGAGCUGCAGCCAUUCAGCAAGCCCUCAGACUCUGGGCGGAGCCUCCAGAGAGGUCACAGCUUCAACAGCAGCAGCGGCAGAUACGUGGCCCCUGUCUCUGGAUUCUACCAGCUCACCUCCAGCCUCCUGAUCGAGUCGAGUGAAAGAGUUCAGCUUCGCCUCAGAGACAAUGUGAGAGCAUCGAUCUGCAUCGAGUCCUUGUGUCAAAGUAACAUCUCUAUAGAGUCUGUGAUGGGCGUGGCUGCUGCUGGAGGUCCAUUCACCUUGUUGCUGACAGGAACUCUUUAUCUACAGGCCAGAGAGUACGUCUCCGUGUUUGUGGACAACGCCAGCGGCUCGGCCAUCAGCGUCCUGCGGGACUCUCUGUUCUCUGGGAUCCUGCUCGGAGUCUGAGCUCAAACACCAACAGCUCAUGUCCGUCAGCAGAGUGGAACAGUGGAGGGACAUCUCACAUCGUCCUGAGACCUGCAGCAACUCAACAGAAGCUUUAGAAGUUAGACCUGGUCCAACGUUCACACAUCUGAGGAGCAAGGGGACGAGACUCAGGACGAACGAGAUGCAACAAACUGUCCCGAACCAUUUUCAUCUCCAUCACACUGAUCGCUCUCCCUUCACUUCCUGUCUGACUCUUCAUCCACUCUCACACCCGGGACACAACCUUUACUCCUUCAGCUUCACUGUGUCAGAAACAGCUGAACUGUCUCAUGGUUCAUUUAGUUUAUGUCCAAAUUCACUUCAGUUUUAAAAGGUUUUCCUUUAAGCAGAGAAGAAGAAAUCAACACAUCCAGGCUCAGACAAACAGACGUGCAUCUUUUAUUUAAAGGAGAAAUAUUCCAUAUUCUUGAGGAUCAUUUUGUUCGGGUUAUUACAAUUAAAUGUGUUCAUGCUCUAAUGAAAACACGUCGCUGUCCUCAGACUGUCCAUCGCUGCAGCUCCUCUUUUCAGCCUCUGUCUCAAACACUUGGUCUGAGCUCCUGUCUCUUAAAGACUCCCCUCCUGAUAAAGUCUGCUCUGAUUGGUCAACAGCUUCCAGUUCUCGUAGGAAAUGUCGGCCUCUGCUCCUGGUUUACCUGACGUUGGUAUGAGUCUUGUCAGAUUAGCUGCGAGGUGUGUGUUAGCAUAAUGAACGGCUAGCGAUUGGUCCACACAACACCUCCUGAUCUCGUCAUGUGACAUCACGAUGAUGUGUGGGCGGGACUACUGACAAGGCGUUAAACACUGAACAAACGUCUCAUUUAAAGGACGUGAACAUGACGACUGUAUCGGCCUGAAACUGAAACUCUUGUGUCCUACUUUGUUCUCGCUGUGAAAUAAAACGCUGAGUGUGUAAACGCCUGCAAGUUUUCUCUCUCAGAUUUUCUAACGGACACACCACGACACAAUCCGGACCCGAAAGAAACGUUACAACCAGAAACCUCAGCUGCUGGUGUUGAGUCACUCUUUCCAGGACUUGUGGACUGGUGAACAAAGACGUCUGUGUUGAACUGUAAGAUCGUAAGAAACCUCGGCCUCCUGACUGUGGCUGUUGGAGCGAGGCUGAGAGACUCCAGACUGAUCACUGCCGAGGACGUCGUUCACACGUUCAUUGGGAGAAGCAGAUGCCGUCUGUGCACAUGACGGUGUGAAUGACAGGGAGUGAAUCCAUGUUUGUGAGUUGAUGAUGCUGAGAAAAACCUGGAGCUGCACUUUGUUCUUCACGUCGCAGAGCAGAAAUCAUCUCCUGACAGCUGCUGUGGAAGAAUCAGUCUCUGUGGAGGAGUCAAAGCAGGCCACUCUCCUGGAGCACCACCUCGUGGACAUUAGAGGAAGUGCGGUCAUGGAGGCUGGUCGACUUCUGGGGUCGACCUUUAUUCAACCACUGAUGAUAUUUUGAAAUCUUACACGUUUUCACGCCGGCGCUCAGCUGUUGAAGAAUUUGUGGUCAAACGUCGGAAAGGACUCGACGCGUCGACGAGCAAAAUAAGUGAGAAGUGAAGCAACAGACUUUUCUUCAGGUGGAAAUAUUAGAAAUAAACACGUAAACAGGAGCAGAGUCUUUUCGCCCCCUGCUGGUCACAGUCAUGUAGAUUUAAUGAUGGUGUGAUACCUGACCUCAUUUUACUUUCAUAUGAAUAUUUAUUCUCUCGAUGUGAUAAACAUGUGCUGUGUGAAUAAUUAUGAUAAUAAAUGUUUUA